AUGGCCCGAGUUCCUUUUAUUGGAAGACUGUUUUGGUUCGAGUACCUGGCACUUUUCGGAUCUCUGAUCCUUGUGGUACUCGAAACAAUCAUUCAUGUUAUCACGUUUUGUUUGCCAACGCCGAUCAUUCGCUUCUGCUACGACUCAUCCAAGGCCGUCUUCAACACCAUUUUCCCCGCCGAGAUACGCGAAAAAAGAUCCGCCGAGGAGAUAUUCGCUGGAUCAGUAGCCGAAGCCUCUGAUUUUACCGACAUCUGCGCACUCUUUGGAUAUGAAGCGGAAGAACAUAUUGUCCAGACCACUGAUGGAUAUCUACUGGGGUUACAUCGAUUGGCCUACCGCAAAGGCGAGGAAGGCAUGAGGGUCAAUCAAGGGCCCGGUGGUCUCAACAAAAAGGUCGUUUACCUACACCACGGCCUACUCAUGUCGAGCGAAGUUUGGGUUGUCCUGACAGAUGAGCAACGAUGCCUUCCAUUCCAGCUAGUGGAGAAAGGGUACGAUGUCUGGCUAGGUAACAACCGUGGCAAUAAAUAUGCGAAAAAGUCCGUUCACCAUUCACCUGGCUCAAAUGAGUUCUGGGAUUUCUCGAUCGAUCAGUUCGCCUUUCACGAUAUUCCCAAUAGCAUCGAGUACAUUCUCGAAGUGACAGGCCAGCCCUCAUUAUCGUACAUUGGAUUCUCCCAGGGAACUGCACAGGCAUUUGCAACCCUCUCCAUUCAUCCUCUCUUGAACCAAAAAAUCGAUGUUUUCGUGGCGCUGGCUCCCGCAAUGGCUCCCUCGGGUCUCCGCAAUCGGAUUGUCGACUCACUCAUGAAGGCUUCCCCGGAUUUUCUAUUCUUGCUAUUCGGCCGACGAAGCAUUCUUUCCUCAACGACGAUGUGGCAGACUAUCCUCUACCCUCCGAUAUAUGUUCGCAUCAUCGACACAGCGCUGGCGGCCCUGUUCAACUGGCGCUGUCGCAACAUUACCCGCACGCAAAAGCUUGCCGCCUAUCUCCACCUCUACUCGUUCACAAGCACAAAGUCCGUCGUACACUGGUUCCAAAUCAUCCGCAACAGAAGUUUUCAAUUCUACGAUGAUGAGAUCUACGCCCCUUUCAGCAUUGUUGAUAGCGAGCGUUUUUACAAACCCGUCAAGUACCCGACCCGCAACAUUAAAACCCCCAUCGUGUUGCUUUACGGCGACAGCGACAGCCUUGUUGACAUCAAUGUGAUGCUUCGAGGACUGCCACGUGGUACUACGGCGAAGGCAAUCCCCACAUAUGAACAUCUGGACUUCCUGUGGGCGUCAGAUGUAGAUCGCCAAGUCUUUGGUCAUGUCUUCGAUGCCCUUGAGACUCACAGUCAAGAUGUCGGCGCCCCUGUACUUCCUGCGCCUGGCCUAAAGCUACUUGAUGGCCGUGCCUCAAAUACUUCCAUCCAGCGAACACGUGUCAAGGAUCCGGCGUUCAACGGGACUCGCUGA